AUGGAGCCCCAAAUUCUCGACGAGCACGGCGAUCUUGUGCUAGUCAUCACCAGUCGCUGGCCCGUGGGCCCAGACGCCUCGCAGUUUCGAGUGUCGUCAAAGGCACUCAUCAGCGCCUCGCCCACCUUCGAAGCCAUCCUCACCGUCAUUCCGGCUCCUCAUCCCGGGGCGGACGGUCCUCCUGCCACUACCCAGAGGACUGUCCAGUUGCCCACGCAGCUCCCAGGCUCGUUCGGCUACCUCCUCAGUCUUUUGCACGGCCAGGCCAUCUCUCUUCGACCCACCGAUGAUUCCAAGGCAGCAGCCACUGAGAGUGUUCGUCUGAUGCUCGAGUUGGUUAUCCUAGCCACCUUGUACUCCUGCAUUCACCUUACCGCUUCUUAUGCCAAGGACUGGGAAAGCCAUUGUAACGCCACCGGCAGGAUGUGUGAGAACGACAAUGACCCAGGCACGUACAUCAGCAUUGCAGCCAUCGCAUACCAGAUUGGCGCGCCACGCCUGUAUCGUACGGCAGUCUCACACUUAAUCCGGGCCAUGGAACCGGCACCGACUGCAACAUGGAACAUUGGGUGGAAGUAUCUGCCACCAGAUCUCAUAGCGACCAUCAAUGGCCAGCGCGUUCAAAUGCUGGAACAGUUUCUGCGCCCCGUGGUGGCCGCCCUCAAGGCACUUCAAAAUGCAUUCCCGUACGCAUUCACCCCAGAUCCGCCGAAGCACGUCUGCAGUACCGAAGCCGAGAAAAGGCACUGUGCCGAGUUGAAUCUCAAACACCUGGUCUGGCAACUCAACCAGGUCGGGCUGUGGCCACUGCCGACCUCACCUCACGUAGCCCCGAAGCGUGUCCAGGCGAGUCUUCGCCGUGUGCUGCAUGCCAGUGUUUCGAAGGAUUACGAAGUCUGGCGGCCACGGUGCGCUUCCGUGAGGUCAGAGGAUCAGAGGAUACGCAACUCGCCCUCCCAACCCUGGUCGCACCGACCCAUUUCGAUGAAUCCUUACAAGGAAUCGCACAUUUAUGAGCCCCGAGCGGCCGAAUCUCAUUUCAUGAUGGCCCGCAGGUGCGCCAUUGUCGUUCCCUCUCAUCGGCCUCCGAAGGAGGAUGCCUGCUAA